AUGGCGUCUACAGAUAUCGCUACGCAGGAGCUCAAGAAUCCCAUGGAUGUCACCGAGUAUUUGUUCCGACGUCUACACGAGGUAGGCAUCCGCUCGGUUCAUGGAGUCCCAGGUGACUACAAUCUUUCGGCUCUGGAUUACUUGCCCAAGUGCGGCCUAAACUGGGUUGGAAACUGCAAUGAACUCAAUGCCGGCUACGCGGCCGAUGGCUACGCUCGAGUAAAAGGAAUCAGUGCCAUGAUCACGACAUUUGGCGUGGGAGAGCUAUCAGCUCUCAACGCGAUUGCUGGCGCAUACUCGGAGUUUGUGCCCAUCGUUCACAUUGUGGGUCAGCCAACCACCAAGUCUCAAAAGGACGGAAUGCUACUUCACCACACCCUGGGAAAUGGGGAUUUCAACGUCUUCACUCGAAUGAGCGCGGCUAUCUCAUGCUAUGUAGCUCGCCUGAACGAUCCUCAUGACGCAGCAACCUUAAUUGACAGCGCCAUUCGUGAGUGCUGGAUUCGCAGCCGCCCUGUGUAUAUCACCCUCCCCACAGACAUGAUCGCUGCGAAGGUGAACGGUGAUCGCCUCAAGCAACCUCUGGAUCUUUCCUUACCAGUGAACGAGCCGGAGAAAGAGGAUUACGUCGUGGAUGUCGUCCUCAAGUACCUGCAGGCGGCUAAGAACCCGGUGAUCCUGGUCGAUGCGUGCGCCAUUCGUCACCAUGCGCUAGAGGAGGUACGCGACUUGGUCGAAGCUUCGGGUCUCCCCACCUUUGUCGCGCCCAUGGGGAAGGGUGCGGUGAAUGAAACGCACAAAAACUUCGGCGGUGUUUAUGCCGGCAAUGGCUCCAAUCCAGGCGUGCGCGAAGUGGUUGAGUCUUCGGACUUGAUUCUCAGCAUUGGCGCCAUCAAAUCUGACUUCAAUACCACGGGAUUCACCUAUCGCAUUGGACAACUGAACACCAUUGACUUCCACAGCACCUACGUUCGAGUUCGCUACUCGGAGUAUCCUGACAUUAACAUGAAAGGUGUCCUGCGGAAAGUGGUGCAGAAAAUGGGAAAGCUCAACGUCGCGUCCACCCCUCAGAUCACGAACAAGCUCCCCGAAAGUGAGAAAAACUCCAGUGAUCAGACCAUCACUCAUGCCUGGCUAUGGCCCACUGUUGGACAAUGGCUUAAGGAGAAGGAUGUGGUUAUCACUGAAACCGGCACGGCGAACUUUGGUAUCUGGGACACUCGGUUCCCUGCCCAUGUGACGGCCAUUAGCCAAGUACUUUGGGGCAGCAUUGGGUACUCACUCGGAGCUUGUCAAGGUGCCGCCUUGGCUGCCAAAGAACAAACAGACCGCCGCACCAUUUUGUUUAUUGGAGACGGGAGUACUCAAUUGACCGUGCAGGAAAUCAGCACGAUGCUGCGCAACAAGCUGAACCCGAUCGUGUUUGUCAUUUGCAACGAAGGUUACACCAUCGAGCGAUACAUUCAUGGGUGGGAUGAGCGCUACAAUGAUAUUCAGCCCUGGGAUUAUGCCAACAUCCCCAAGGUGUUUGGUGGCCAGGACGGGUAUCAGGGCUAUCGCAUCAAGACCCGGGAUGAGCUGACCAAGCUGUUCGCUGACCAGGCUUUCUGCUCUUCCCAGACUCUUCAACUGGUUGAGCUGUACAUGCCUCGCGACGACGCUCCUGCCGCCUUGAAGUUGACCGCCGAGGCCGCUGCCGAGCGCAACGCAUAA